GUUCGCCAGCAGAGGGCAGCAGAGAGCAGGACUCUGGUGUAAGCUGUCAGAGCUGCAGGGAGGGUCAGACUAGUACUCUUAUACCCACCUGUACAUUCCAGCACGGACAUCUCAGCAGACACUCUCCAGGGAAGAUGCCACAGGGCGCUGUUCUCACCAUUGGACAAGCAGUGUGGGAAUGGCUAGCACUCGGGCGAGCAGGGUCUUGUUAGUAAGGAGUAUUUCCUCUUUCUGGUGACCUAUGCAGAGAUCAUGCACUUGUGCACCUCUGCAGAAACUAGCAGCGCCUCUCCCCUCCUAUAAGUCUAGCGUGGCGCCCCCACCCAGCAGCACCCACUACACACAUACCCUGUCUCCUGGCACAGCAUGGAUCAGGAUUUGCAGAUUGCCCCCCGCUCCCUGGCUGUGGUGCUGAGUAACAGGGGGACCUCAGAGAGGCUGCUGCUGUCCGAUGAGAAGCUCCAGCGGCACCAUGUGGGCUACGAGAUUUUUGCCGACUUCAAAGCGGAAAACAUGCAGCAUUUCUGGAACAAGAAAGUGACCGCUGCAAUCUCGGAAACACUCUUCCUAGGUUGGAUAGAUGAGCACGUCCUCUUGAUCCAGGGCAAGGAGGAGCACUUGGGGGCUUUGAGAGAAGGGUGGACCAGGAGAUCCCUCAAACCCCCUCCAGGAUUUGAUAUCAAAUAUCUAGACCAUUAGAUUAUUACUGUGAAUGACUGUAUACUGAUUACAAUCACAGCAUUCCAAAAUAAAGCAGUCCAAACACGUAGAGAUAAUAUCAGCUAUUUUGGCUAUUGAGUCAUGCUAGCGAAUAGGACCAAUUGUACAACCAUCAUGUCAAACUCCUUUCCAGUCAUAUCGGUUCGGAAAUAAACAGGACAGGAUGAACUUUGGUAACUGAUGAUCGGCUGCAUGGAACAAGGAUAUUCCUAGUAGACUUUCCAAACCUUGUCAUUUGAUGAAUAGGUCAAACAACCAGACCAGCUGUGUGUGGGCAGCGUAAAUCGAUUUUGCUUUUGCAGGAUUGGGGGGAAAGAAACAACCCCAACCCCCCCCACCCCCCCCAAAAAAAACAACAACUUAUUUUGAUGUAAACCGUAUUGUUUUGUUUUUUGCAUUAAUGUUAUAGUGAAAAAAAAUGGAAUCAUCAACCAUGUUUUAAUGCUUUCUGACAUUAUUAAUGUUAUUAGGCUUUGAUUUGAUUUAUUUUCCAUCUUACAAUAAAACCAAUUUUUUACAGCUUAUUCCUAUUACAUCUGAAUAUAUGUAGAUAGACUGAGAAUACAUAGGGGUAUAUGCAAUUGCGGUCGAAUUCCCUAAAAUGUCGAAAAACGGGACAUUUUUGCCCAAAAAAAUAAUUCGACAAUG